AUGUCUAUAAACGCUAGCAAUUUGAAAGGAACCUUAUUAAAUCCUUCACAGAAAGAAACCAAGAGACACUGCUUCCGCUUUAGCUUCUGCUUGUGCCCUGAGGUCCCAUUCGCACUAGCCCCAUUGCGCAGCCGCAGAAAUUUAAACAGUUUGGUGUUCACGCCGAGCCCCUUCCGUUUCAACGGCAUCUUCCAGCCCCACCCACCUAUGCCAACGGAAACCCGAGCCCAGGGUAGCGUAGAGGCCGAGCUGGAGGGGCAGAAUAACCAGUGCCAACGUCUCGACAUGUUUGACGAGCAAGGAGGUGAGCUUUUAUCAGUACUGAGCAACCAAAUCGUUUCACAAAUAAAACAUCCAUCAGAAAUAAAGAGAAAUGGUCACAACACAGAGGAAAUGGAGUAUCUAGUUUUACAUAAAAGAAGACGAGUUGCUUCUUCAAUGGAAAAUAAUAUGACGAAUGCUCAAGAACCUGAUUAUGAGGAUAGUGGAAGUAUUGUGUAUGAAUACGAACCAGAUUAUGAAUAUGGUAGUGUUGUCUCUGAAGCUUCCUACACAGGAGAUUAUCAAAAAACACUUAUGGAAGUCUUGAACUAUUGCCAGGCAAUGUAUGAUGCAAUCCAGAAAUUAGAUAAGAAGUUUGACUUGCUUCAUGGAAAGGUUUCAGAAAUGCAGCGUACUCGGAUGAAGCCAUUGCUUCUCAAACCUAGGCCAGUUGGAUUUACAUAUAGAAGUUCUAAUCAUGUACCUCAUGGAAAAAUUCGAGUACAAAAACCAGUGGAAAGGGAAUCCAGCAUUCACAUCUCUCCCCUUGGACAGGGAGGUCAUAGCCCAUCUUUGGCAGUAGUGCUACCACAAAACCAUGUUCAUACCAACUCUGUGGGAAAGUCUGUUCAGACACCACUUAAAAUUGAAUCACAGCAACAAGAUCUCAGACAGAGUCCACCUCUUCCUACAAUUGUCUCUACACAUUCACUGUAUCAACCAUUCACAGAAGUAGUCAACAAAACACCUGACCUUUCUUUACAAUCCAAGUUGAUCAAGACAGUUGUUGAAAAUACUACCUCACCUGCAAAAAGUUCUUCAGUAAUUACCACAGUGGUACCAACCAAACCACAAGCCUGUCUGGGAAGGAAUACUGUGAAGAUGGAUUUUCCAUCUUCACAGGAAAAUGCAAGUUUUAGUCAAGAAGUAAUUUCAUCUUCUGUCUGCAUCAAUCCUAGUUUUGAGUACAUUGGUGAUCCAAAGAGGAAUGUGAAGGUUCUUGGAACAUAUUUGAUGAAAGCUCGUCAAAAGACCAGACCUAAGUAUGCAGCACGCUACUUGGUUCGAGUUUUGUUCCCCAAGGAAACACUAUUAUGUAGCAUUAUGAGUGUCAGUGCCCGCGGUCGAAGAACUCUGGAUCCCAAUAAAGUUGCUGCAAUAAGAGAGUUUCUUGCAACACAUUUUCCUAACUAUGAUCUGAGUGAAUAUGGAAAAGACUGGAAAACCUGCAUUACACAUGUAAAUGCUAUGAUUCGCUGUUUAUGCUGUGAAACCAAAACAAGCCCUGAGGAAACUGAAAUCAAAGAUACACUUCCAGUCACCCCAGAUUCAUCUCUUUAUGUAGACUUGAAUUAUAGUGAUGAUAAAGAUGAAGAAGUCAGUUCUCUGGUAUCUCCAAAAAUGACUGCCUUAGGAACAAAUGAAAUACAAAGUUCAACAUGGGACAGUAAUUCAUUAUCUGAAGUGUUUCAGUCACCAUCUAGGAAAUUGCCAACUUCAGAACCUAUGCAACUUCUUGGUUACCCAUGGAGAAAUGUACAGCUUCCAUUUUCAGUGAUCUUUGUGGCAAAGGGAAAGUCCCGUCCAGAAUUGUCAGCUCGAUAUCUUAUUCGCCACCUGUUUACAGAGGAAGUACUGGUGAAAAGCAAUGUAUAUGGCAGCUUGGAACAUGGCAUGUCUCCACUUGAUUGUAAUAGGAUUAAUGCUCUCAGAGACUUUCUCCAAGAGAACUAUCCAUCUUACGACCUCACGGAAACUGGCUACGACUGGAAAGCUUGUGUGGCUGCUAUCAAUAGUACAAUCCGAAGUCUUCGACAUGACCAUAAGAAAGCCUCAACUGGAUUCUGCAAGAAAACAUCAUUGAAUGAGAAAAAUCCUUCCCCAAACCCUUCUGGAGUAAAGCCACAUGAGAUACCAUUAACUUAAUGGGCCAUUGGUUCAGUCAUCUCAUUUAAGUCUCAUGUAUGUGUCUCAAGUUGUAAUCUUUAAACUUGUUGGUGCAUUGGCAGAGGAGAAUUGCAGGAAAUAAUACCCAAAUGACAGGAAGAAACAGAUUCUUGACUAAAUCCAAAUCUUAUUCAAUCCUAAUAGUAGGUAUAAGUGGUUUCAUAAAAGUAAAACACUGCGCAUUUUUAGGCAGUAAAAUGGCUCUGUUGAACACGUUUUAAUCAAGGCAGUGCACAUUGUUGUGUAAAGGGAUAAAAGUAGCCAAAAUGAGGAUUUCCUUGAAAUGAAGGCACAGAAGCUCUCUGGUAGAAGAGUUGAGAGAUAUUCCAUUUCUCAUAAGCAAGGAGCUUAAGUUCAAAAUUCACUGUCAUUCUUGAAAAGCGCUACAAAGUUUAUAUAGAGCUAAAAUUCCCUUUUGAUUGGCUCUCUCUGAUUCUCAGUAGAAGCUUCCUGAAAUUAAGAAGAUGGAGGUGGCCUCAGAUUUCCUGAAGCAGUGACUAUUCUUUUGCUGAACUCAUGAGAGCACAUAGGGCAUUAAGCUAGAGGCCCCUCUUUGUUGCGAGCCAAGUAGCAAUCAUACAUAUGUUGAAAAUGAAUAUGAAGAAAAAAAUUUUUUGUAGUUCUUUUAGUUCAAUUUGAGUUACUUGAUUUUUCAGAAAAAAAGUCAUCAUGAAGAAUGAAAGGUAACUACACAGACUACUUUUUCAGAAGUACGAUUUCUGAAAUGUUUCUAUGAACUCGAGUAUGUUUUCUAGAUUGCCUCUGGAAUACUAUGAAAGUUAUACAUUUUAAAUUAAUAUGUAAAAAGUUUUGAGUUAUAAAUGAAUACAUUUUUUCUUUUCAUUUCAUUUCUUUCUUUCUUUCUUUCUUUUUUUUACCAGAAACUACUUCAAGGAAAAGAGUCUUCUGGGCAUCUAGGUGGCCCAAUGGGUAUAGAGAGCCAGGCCUAGGGUCAGGAGGACCUGGAUUAAAAUCUAGCCUCAGAUACUUUCCAGCUAUGUGACCCUGGGCAAGUCACUUAACUCUGCCUAGUCCUUGCCCUUCUGUCCUAGAGUUGUUGUACUAAGACAGAAAGUCAGGGUUUUAAAAAAAGAAAAAGGAAAAAAAAUGUAUCUUAAAGCAUCUAAUUAGAGUUAUUAUGUUGAUUUUCACCCCACUUUAAAACCCUACUUUUAGUGUAAAUUUAGAUUUUAUUUUUAGCUGAAUAAAAUACUCUUAUUUUAAGAAAGUACUUGAAUGUUUCAGCCAUACAGAAUAAAUGUCAGUCUUUAGAUGUUCUUAACUUGAUAUUUGUAUCUGUGAAACAUUUCUGUUGAAUGUUAAUGCAAUUUAUUUCAAUAAUAACAAUGCCAUCAACUCCAUCUACUAGUUGAAAUUUUGCAGAGCUAAUUUUUAUAAGUCUUAUUAUAUUCUUCAAAAGGUAAAUGUUUAAUUUGGCUUUCAGCAAUCAGCUUUCAACUCUUUGUAUCCGUUUUCUUAAGACAUUUAAUCUAUGACUAACUUAAAAGUAAUCAAAAUUAAAUUGUGAGUGUAUAUGUGUGUGUAUAUAUAUAUAUGAACUCUUGAAUUGAUGAGAGAAGACUUAGACUGACAUCUAUAUAGAUCAACCAAACCAAGUGAUUUUGGUAAAAAUUGUAAGAUUUGUAGAAUGGAUGUAUAUUUUUAUCUUUAGAAAAUUGAAAUAAAUUCAGAGUAUUUUAAUAGUAAUAAAGUCUAUUUUAGACUUUUUUUAAGAAGUCAAGAUGAAAAGAUUUAGAUAUUUAAGAAACUUUUUAUUGGUAUGUGAAAUUGGGCUAAUUUAGAAUGACUACACAGGCAAAAAAUGGUAAAAAAAAAAACUGCCAUAGAGGAAGAUGUGAGAAACCCUCCUGGUAAAUCCAUUGGAUUUGCUCUUCAGUUUAUGUGUAUACUCCACAGGCAUGGGUACAUUUCAUCUGCUAUCGAGGGUUUAGUGUACAUUUUGAACACAUAAGAUAUAGAGUAGACCAGGAAUUCACCAAGUUAAAUGUCAUUAAGGUAAAUUUCUAUUCUGUGUUUCUCUAUGUACUUCCUAAAAUAGUCUCAGAAUUGAGGCAGAUACAAAAAAAAAAAUCCUAAACUUUUCCAGACAAGAAACAUCUUUCAUCAAGACCUUACUGUAGGAAACAUCACUUUUCAGAGUACCUUUUAGCUCAGGAUAAUGCUGAAGAUUUGAAUCAAAAUGUGUCUACUUAUCUUGAAGAAAGCUUAUUCAAUUAGUACAUGUAAUAUAAAUUUUAUUAAUGUUUUUGUACUUUAUUAACUAAUUACCUUUUUCUUUAUCUUUAUUUAUUUUAGCAUUUAAUCCUUAAUUAUUAACUUUUCAUAGUUAACCUUAAUGUACUAAUAUAAAUACCAAUCUAAAAUAUUUCUCCAGAGGAUUUAUUUUUUACAAAUAGAAAAAUGAAUAUUUUCAACUUAUUUCUUAAAUAUAACAACUUUAAAAAUAAGUUAUUGAAAUAACAUUUAAAAACAUGUUUCUUACACCUGUAGUUCUAUGAUAUGUGAAUGUUCUUUUUGAUAAAAAAGAUAAAAAAGAUAAAAAAAAUUGUUUUGAUAAAAACAAUUUUCACAAUAUUUGUAAAACAUUCCUUGCUAUUAACCAGUUGGUUCUUUUUAGUGAGUUACUUGGCUAUAUGCUUAAUACUUAGCUAAAUACUUUGAUAAUUGACAAAGAAAAGAGAAUAAUUGGACACAGUCAUUUCCUCAUGGUUGCCUAGAGUCUUAAGAAUUUUGAAAACUUUAUAAAAAGUAUUUUGAGUUAAUAUAUGGGCCUCAGAUGUACAUGUAUAUGUAUAUCUUCAUUUGUCAGGUAUUUUUAUUUUAAACAAGAAAGUCUUAAAUCUUAAAAGAAGCUUGAUUUCUGUUUAUUUUUUAUAACUUCAUUUCAUAUAUAUAAUAUGCAGAAUUAUUUCAUUGUCCAUUUCAGCCUCAGUGGAAAAUCUCAUGGCUUCAGACAGUUCUAUAUUAUUGUGCCUGUUCAAAAUAACAAGUCUGAAAAGAUGAUACAGUUAAAAGAUGUCUCCAACCCCAGCAUAAUAAGGAAUAUAAGUAGAUUUAUUUUUCAUGAACAUUUUUCAGAUAGAAUGGUAAAGAAACAGAUGAUGGUUUUUGUUCAGUUGUUUUUCAGUCUUAUUCAGCUCUUUGUGACGUCAUUUGGGUUUUCUUAUAGAGAUACUCAAGUUGUUUACUGUUUUGUUCCAGCUCAUUUGACAGUUGAAGAAAUGGAGUCAAACAGGGUUAAGUGACUUGCCCAGAGUCACAUAGCUAGUAAAUGUCUGAAGCCGGAUUUUAACUCAGGAAGAUGAGAUUUCCAGACUCCAGGACUAGGACGCUCGGUACUGUACUACCCAGCUGCCUCCCUAGAUAUGUUUAGCAGAAAAAUAAUCAGAAAACACCAUUAACAGCAUUUUUAGAAGACUUUAAGUCUGUGGUUCCCAAACUAUGCACGGUGGUACUAGGAGGUACCAUAGCAAUCAGGCCAUCAGGAUAUUUAAAUUUUUCUAAUCAACUACUUAAAAAAUGGAGCCCUUGCUGGGGAAGGGGGUUAAUUGUAGUUGUUUCUUUUGCCUGUGGGCACCAUGAAAAAUUACUGAGGAACUUAGAAAGUUUGAGAAACUCUGCUUUUUAGACCAUUUGUUUCUUGGAGUGCCACAGCAGCUAGGUUUUGCUUCCAGGAUGAAAGCAUUCCCAAAUCUAGAUGAAUAAACUGCUUCCCUUCUCAGCUUUUAUAACAAGCUUAUGCUUUUAUGGAACAAAAAAAAUCUCACUUUACCUUUUUUCUCCAUAAAAGUCAUAGUCCACUUUUUAGAUAUGAGAAUUAGCUAAAGCUUAUAGACUUCUAAGGCCUUUUAAAGAAAGGUAAAAUAAUUUUAUUAUAAUGCAAUUAAUAAUAGUAUUUGUAACCAAAGAUGGUUUUUGUAGGAAUUUUUAAAGCAACUCUCUCCCAUAACCCGUGCUUCCUAAAUACUGUUAACAUUAAGUCCCCAUCUCUUGGGUGAGAGAUGCCAAACAUGUGGUUCAUGGACCCACCACACUCAAGUAGAACCAAAACCAGAUUAGAAUGUAAUUGGAAAAUAUUUAACAAAACAAAAAUACAGUAAAAUAUAGAUCACAUCACGUUUUAAAAAUAAGUCAACAUAUAGCUUUUCAGACAUCUAUAUGUACUGAUUAACAGCCCCAUUUCUAUUUGAGUUUAACACCACUGUUAGAGGAUUUUCUGACAUUGGAGAUAUUAUUUCUUGCAUAUUCUAGAAAUGUUAUGUCUUGUUCUAAUAAAAUCAGAUUCUAAUGAUA